AUGCGCGCUGGUGGAGGGAGAAAAGGGGGUAGUAGAGAGUGGAGAAGAGGUGGCCCUGGACACGAUGACGGUGUCAGCGUCAGGCCCGGCCCAGCAGCCCCAGCAAUCAGAUCACCCUUUCAGUGUAAAGACUGCGGCAAAAGCUUCAGGUGGUCAUCCAGGCUGACCCACCACCAGCGGAGCCACAACAAUGAGAGACCAUACCGCUGCAACGUCUGCCCCAAGGCCUUCAAGGGCUCCUCUGCUCUGCUCUAUCACCAACGGUCUCAUUCAGGGGAGAAGCCUUACAAAUGUCAGGACUGUGGCAAAGCCUUCAAACGUUCUUCUCUGCUGCAGGUACAUCAGAGUGUCCACACUGGAGUGCGUACCUUCCUGUGCCCGUUCUGCUCCCUGACCUUUAAAUGGAGUUCUCACUACCAGUAUCACCUGCGCCAGCACACUGGAGAGUGUCCAUACCCAUGUGACACUUGCCCCAAGGCCUUCAAGAAUUCAAGCAGCCUGCGGCGACACAAGAAUGUCCAUCUUGGUCUCAAGCCUUACACUUGCACAGUGUGUAACAAAUCCUUCACUCAGUCUACCAACCUGAGGCAGCACAUGAGGAUACAUACAGGUGAGAGGCCCUACAUUUGUGGUGAGUGUGGACGCUGCUUCACGCAUUCAUCAAACCUAGCCAUAGUGGAGGUGGUUGUACGGACAGAGGAAGUUGCAUCAUCCAUGUUGACGGACAUGGUGGGAUUUGUGAGCCAGGAAGGAACUGGUGGAGUGGGGGUGGGGAUGGAAGAAGUGUUCCUGUCUGCAAAUUCUUCUGGCCAGAAUCCAGGCCUUCUCCCCCAGCUCACUCUCACCCCCUCUGGGGACGACGUGUGUACAUCUAGAGCCAUUGGGACAGAGGUUCACCUGAGCACAGACACCGGGUCCAGCGUGCUGCUGUACACCUGCGGGAGCUGCAGCCACACCUUUGGUACACGAACAGAUCUGGAGGAGCACCAGGCCAUCCACAUGGCUCCAGAGGAGCCUGGGACCAGUAGAGACCAGCAUGGGGCAGGGAUGGAGGUUGGGGAUGGGCUGGUGGGAGCUGGACACCUGCUGGCUGAUUUUGAGGAGGUGGUGGAGACUACCACAGUGGCUGAAAAUGGUCAGACAACAGAGGUGCUUCUUGGACUGACGGAGGGAGGAGAUGGUAGCAAUGCAAAUGUGGCCACCACCCAGGCCCAGUUUGAUCUGUUGCAGAGCUUCACUGAGGUGACUCAGAGCUCUGAGACCGUCCAGCCAGAGGCCAGAACCACAUGGGCAGGGCUGUCAUGUGGCUACUGCAAUAAGACCUUCAAGACCAGUGGAGGCCUCAAUAGACAUGUGUCACUGAUGCACUCUCUUUCAUCACAGUCCCGCUCCCAGUUCAGCUGCUCUGCCUGCGACCGCUCCUUCCCCCUUCUCUCCUCACUCCUCACCCACCAACACUCCCACACCCCUGAGCAGCGUCUCCUGGCUGAAGCAGAGGCUGAGAUAGUGUGUCCUCCAUCCCUCUCCCUGACUCUCCCCCUGCCCUCGUCUCCCAGCCAGGCAGACAAGCAGCAGGAAGGCCAGAGAGAGAUCCGUGUCGACAUCAUUACCGUUGGUGAAGAGCAAGAGGAACAACCGGCCAAACCAACCAAAGGCCCAAAAAAGCCAGGAGUCAGCAAGAGCACUCCAGCUGGAGAGAGACCGUACUGCUGUUCAGAAUGCGGAAAAGCCUUCAAAGGUUCAUCAGGGCUGAAGUACCACAUGCGGGAUCACACUGGGGAAAGGCCCUACCGCUGCACUGAAUGUGGAAAGAGCUUCAAAAGGUCAUCGCUGCUUUCAAUCCAUCAGAGGGUGCACACAGGUGUACGGGCUUUCCAGUGCCCUCAAUGCCCUCUCACUUUUAAAUGGAGCUCUCACUACCAGUACCAUUUGCGGCAGCAUACAGGUGAGAGGCCAUAUGUGUGUAAGGAGUGUGGCAAGUCCUUCAAGAACACCAGCUGUCUACGUAGACACAGUCAGAUGCACUCUGGACUUCGGCCUCAUACCUGCUCCAUCUGCUACAAGUCUUUCUCUCAGACGUCAAACCUCAAACAGCAUGAACGCACCCAUUCUGGUGAGAGACCUUUUCAGUGCAUACACUGCAAUAAAAGCUUUACACACUCCUCCAACCUUCAGCUCCAUCUUCGCACACACUCCUCACGCAAGGACUUCAAGUGCCCAUACUGCUCUAAGGAGUUUGUCAUGCACUCCUAUUUGCAGAGGCACAUCCGUACCCAUGGCAGUGGUAUUCCCCUACCCUGCCUUGGGACUGAAGGUAAAGAUGGAGUUGCUGUGAAAGCCAGUGUUGGAGGCAUAACAACCACCACAACCUUGCUUAACCCCAUCACCCUGGAAGCCUCAGGAAACAAUGGCAGCCUGAUUGUAUCCCAGCCAGCACUUAAUAUCCCCCCCAAUACCUCCCAGAACUACUUUAUGAUUCAGACAGCCAGCGGCCUGCAGCUCAUUCCUCUGUCAUCCCCUACACCCACCCCUCCACCACCUCCACCACCACCUCUGCCUCUGUCCCAGUCCCAAAUCUUCCUUCUCCUGCAGUGCCCAUCUGACAAUGGCAGCCAGUCCAGCUUGAUUCUCCUCCCAACAACAAACAAGACUCCACCAGCUCCGGAGCCUCCAACUCUGCCUGUGCUUCAGACUAUCCAAGCACUUCAGUCUGUCCUAAACCAAACACAGACUCAGAUACCCCAGUUUUCGACCAUAUCACAGCAACAACAGCAGACCAGGAUCAUAAUCACCACCAACAACAACAACAACGUGAACACUCCUGUGGCCACACGAACACACACCCUCUCUGCCAACUCCCUACUGAGUAAGCCCAUAUUAGGGAAAAGCACACGGACAGCACGGGGCAGACGGGGACGCAAACCAAAAGUUACUCUUCAGAAGUCUGAAACAGCUCCAUUCAGUCAGACUGCAGGUGAAGCUGUGUCAGUAACAGACUGUAAUGUGACUCACACUGUCUCACACACUCUUACUGCUGCUAACACCACCACAGAAUCAUCACCAUCAUUUCUUUCUCACUGUCCCCUGUCAGCAUCUUGUACUACUGUCCCAGCUCUUUCAUUUUCCAGCACUGCAGCCCCCACAGUGGACACCUCAGGACCUCCAUCAACUGUUGGAGUUACACCAGCCACCACAGCAACACUCGUUUCUACCCCUGUCCCUGCAGGAGAAGCUAUGACAAGGAAACAGUUUGUAUUAUGUUUUGAUGAUGAAGGACAGGCCAAGGAGGGGAUGAAUAUCAAGGCGGGUGGGGAGUCGUAUGUGCUUCAGUUUGAAGGGGAAGCAUCAGCAGAGACAGUCAGUGGAAGAAUGGAUAGAGACAGAAAGUCAGUGAUGCUUCAGUUAAAGACAGAUGGGCAAGAUGAAGGAGAAAAAGAGGGAGAUAAGAGAGGGAUGAUGUCACUUUUACAUAACUGGGUUGGAGAAAAGCAGGGUGAGAAACAGGCAGGAGAGGAGAGCAGUCAGGGACAGUCGUACGUCCUACACUUCCACCCUGAGGCACAAGACAGUGGUCCAUCCAGUGCUGCCUUCAGCCAAGGGCAAGAUAACAACCUACAGCUUUCCUGUACAUCAGCCCAAGGUUUGGUGCCCCUUGAUGAGCAGGAGGUGGUGUUUGAACUGGAGGGUGAGAGCAAGAUGGAGCAGGAAACUGAUGAGGGUAUGCAAAUGAUAGCCUUGAUAGAAGGUGAAGCGGGAAUGAUUGGAGAAGAAGGGGCAGAUUGCAGUGCUGCAAGUGGUGGGGUUACUGAGGGUGGGGGGGAUAUGGAAAGUUUAUUUCAGCUGGAAAGUGGAGAGGAAAUUGUCAUCAUUGAGGUCAGCACCAGUAGCUUAAGAGAAGGCAGAAUGGAGAGAGGAGGAGAUGGGGAGGUGUCACCAAGCAGUGAGGUAAAAUAUGAGGGUUUAACUGCACAGGUGAAUGAAAAGUCUGUAAAGGAACUAAGCUCUACAGCCAGCACAUUGGUACAGACAACUGAAGACGCAAUACGAAAAGGACCUAUAUCUAACUCUGAAGAGAUGCACUUCUCUAACUAAAAGCUGUGUGCAUGUUACAGAAGAAAACUGUGUUUGGGCGAUGCCUUGCUAUUUGUGAGCUCAGUGUGUUAGCACUUUAGUCAGUUUGAGUUCUCCUGGAACUGAGAGAGAACAUGCAGUUAGAUGUGUACUGUGUUGUAAUGCCAUGGUGCCACAUACUAGAAAUGUUAUACAUUCAUAUAGGCUGUAAAUGGACCUCACUAUAUACUAGUUUAAGAUACUGUCAUUGGCAGUUCUUUUAAUAAGUACAUUUGUGAAUAAAUGUUGUACAUAGCCUACUUUCUUCACAAUGUUAAUAUAAACAGUAGGUAAUUAUUAAUAAACAU